UGCGCUCCUGGUGAUCUCGCCGCACGCUGAAGGGCGGCUGCUCAUCGACUCGCUCGGUACAGCUGCCUGGGUACGUUGCAACUAGUACAAUAACAACAACAACAACAACCUACCCUCAUGCUACCGUUCCGGCAUAAACUAAUCUCUAGAUGCAGGCCCUUCUGCUGUUCCAGGCCGUGACCAUAGUGUCGAGCAGGAGUUCGCUCCAGGCGUACAACCUCGGCAUCUACGCCUUCCUCUCGGCCGUUGUGCUCGCCGGCUUCCUGCUCGUGCAGGGCAGCAGCACCCUUGCCGAGCCGCCGCUGCAGUCUCAUCCCGUGACCUUCGCCCUGCGCGUGGCCGAGCUCGUCUCCAGCGCGUCUCUCGCCGUGUCGGCGCUCUGCAUCCCCCGGCGGCCCGAGGUGUACUACCAGGGCGAGCUGGUGGACCGCAUGUUCACGGCCUCCGCCUUCAGCCGCUUCACGUGGGCCUGGCCCAACAGCCUGCUCCGGCUCGCGUCCAGGAAGAAGGACCUGGACCUGGAGGACCUCGCCCGCCCGAACCACCACACGCGCGCCUCCUCCGUCUCGGCGGACUGGCGGAAGAAGAAGACACGAGGGGGGAACGAUGACGGCAGACCGCUCUGGCUCGCGCUCCUCCUGGCCCACAAGUGGAAGGUCGCGCUGCAGUGGUUCAUCACGUUCUGGGCGUCGGUGCUGAACUUUGCGCCGCAGUGGGUCGUACUGCAGCUGCUGAGGACGCUCGAGCGGCGCCAUCUGGGGGACGGCGACGGCGGCGACGACGGCGUGGGUAUGCAGGCGUGGAUGUGGGUGGUCUGGCUGGGGCUCGCCAUCAUCGCGGAGUCGUGGACCGAGUCGUACCUGUGGUGGCUGGCCUUCGCGGACCUGCUGAUCCCGAUCCGCGCGCAGCUCUCGGCGCUCAUCUUCGAGAAGUCGAUGCGCAGGAAGGAUGUCAAGGGCGCCGGGAAGGGCAAGAAGAAGGAGACUCGGGAGGAGAAUGCGGAGUCUGCUGAGCCGACCGUGGCCGGUGCGUCGACGGCCGAGGAAGGGGAGGGGGAUGACUCGGAGGAGCUCAAGAAGAGCAAGCAGAGCACGGUGAACCUGAUCGGCGUGGACAGCAAGCGCGUGUCGGAUUUCUCGUCCUACCUGCACCUGUUCCCCGGCAGUCUCUUCAAGCUCCUCGUCUCGCUUGCUUUCCUGAUCGAUCUGCUGGGCUGGAAGGCGCUCCUGGCCGGCUUCUCGGCCAUGCUUGCCAUCAUGCCCGUCAACAUCUACUUCUCCAAGCGGUACGCCGACGCGCAGGACCGCGUCAUGAAGGUCCGGGACGAGAAGAUGGAGGUCGUGACCGAGGCGCUGCAGGGGAUCCGGCAGAUCAAGUUCUCCGCGCUGGAGCCGGAGUGGGAGAGGAAGAUCGGCGGCGUCCGCGACCGGGAGCUCAGCGCCGUCUGGAGCGUCUUCCUGAACGACACCAUGCUGAUCGGGUGCUGGGUGACGAGCCCCAUCUUGCUGUCCGCCAUCUCGCUGGCCGUGUACGCGGCGCUGACCGGGUCCCUGGCGCCGUCUGUGGCCUUUGUCAGCCUCGGCGUCUUCAAGGGCCUCGAGGUGACACUGUCGGUCGUCCCGGAGCUGACGACGGAUCUGCUGGAUGCCUGGGUCUCCAUCAAGCGCAUCGAACAGUACCUCAACUCUCCCGAGGUGGAGAGGACGUCCAAGGACUCGGACGAGGUGUGCUUUGACAACGCCUCCAUCGCCUGGCCGUCCGACGAGGAAAUCGACGAAUCCGAGCGGUUCGUGCUCCGCAACGUCAACGUCACGUUCCCCAAGGGCGAACUGUCCGUCAUCUCCGGCAAGACGGGGACCGGAAAGAGCCUGAUGCUGGCCGCCAUCUUGGGCGAAGUGGACGUCCUGGCAGGGUCCCUGUCCGUGCCCAGGGCGCCGCCGCUCGCCGAACGGCACGACGACAAGGCGAACAAGGCCAACUGGAUCAUCCCCGAGGCGAUCGCAUACGUUGCGCAGAUCCCCUGGAUCGAGAACGCGAGCAUCAAGGACAACAUCCUGUUCGGCCUGCCGUACGACGAGGAGCGCUACAACAAGACGGUCGAGGUGUGCGCCCUGAAGAAGGACCUGGAGAUGCUGGACGACGGCGAGAACACCGAGAUCGGCGCCAACGGCAUCAACCUCAGCGGCGGCCAGAAAUGGCGUGUCACGCUUGCGCGCGCGAUCUAUUCCAGAGCGGGCAUUCUGGUUCUCGACGACAUCUUCAGCGCCGUCGACGCCCAUGUCGGCCGUCACAUCUUCGAGAAGUGCCUGAAUGGAGAACUGGCGGCGGGCCGGACGAGGAUCCUCGUUACCCACCACGUCGCGCUCUGCGAACCGAAGACGAAAUACCUCGUCGAGCUCGGCAACGGCGGCGUCUUGCAUGCCGGCCUUCUUUCUGAGCUGCGCGACGAGGGCACGCUGCAGCAAAUCAAGAGCCACGAGCAAUCCGCCGAGGAGAUUGAGGCGGACGAGUCCGCUACGGCGGUGGAUUCGGCCGGCUCUUCGGACGGGGAGCAAGAGCGGGAUGUUGCGGAUGGAAACACGCUCAAGAAGGUGACGUCGAAGACGCCCGCGCCUCGCAAGUUUGUCGAGGAAGAGACCCGCGAGCUCGGGGCCGUCAAGAAACAUGUCUACUCGACGUACCUGAAGGACAGCGGCGGCUUCUUCUUCUGGAUCGGUUGUCUUCUCAUCUUUGUGGUUACGCAAGUCCUCAACGUCGGGCGCUCAUGGUGGCUCAAGAUUUGGACCGGCAACUACGAGGAGCAGGGCGUGCAUCCGCAACACGUAGUACUACCCAACAUCUCCAGCGCGUACGGCUAUUCGUACGCUGAAGGGGCCCGCCAAACCUCGAUCCACGCCAUGUCUGCGCCUUCGAACGGGUUGCAGGGGACGCUGGCCUUCUACCUGGGCAUCUACGUUGCAUUGGCCGUCGUAAGCGCCUUGAUCGGCACCCUGAAGUUCCUGUACAUCUAUCUUGGCUCGCUCCGCGCAAGCCGCAAGCUCUUCGAGAAGCUCAACUUCACCGUCCUCCGUGCGCCGCUCCGAUGGCUCGACACCGUCCCCGUCGGCCGCGUCCUGAACCGGUAUACGGCGGACUUCAACGUCAUCGACUCGCACCUGGCCAACUCGCUCGGCUUCGGGGCGAACUCAUUCCUGGGUCUCAUGGCGGUCGUGGUCUCCGGCCUCUUUGUCUCGCCGUACAUUGUCCUUCUCGCUAGCAUCCUCCUCCUGAUCUGCCUGUACUAUGCCAUCCGGUACCUCGCCGCGGCACGGCCCGUGAAGCGGCUGGAGAGCACAACCAAGUCGCCCGUCUUCGAGCAGUUUGGCUCGGCCCUCACAGGCGUCACGACCAUCCGCGGCUUCGGCAAGGCCCAGGUCUAUGUGGACCGCAUGUACCGGAAGAUCGACGACUACUCGACUGCGACGUGGCAUCUAUGGCUCUUCAACAGGUGGAUGGGCUGGCGCAUGUCACUGGUCGGCUCCUUCUUCUCGAGCUUCGUGUCCAUUCUGAUCUUGCUCACCCCCGAGAUCGACUCUGCCCUGGCUGGGUUCGCGCUUGCUUUUGCCCUGGAGUUCUCGGGCUCGGUGAUGUGGACCAUUCGGCUGUAUGCGAGUCUGGAGCUGGAGAUGAAUGCUGCGGAGCGAAUUAUCGAGUACACCAAGCUGCCCACCGAGGCUCUCGACGGCCAGAGCCCGCCUGCAGCAUGGCCGACGGAGGGUCGCAUCGAGGCCCACGAUCUGGUGGUCGGAUAUGCGCCCGACCUUCCCCCCGUCCUUAAGGGCCUCACCUUCAGCGUCAACCGGAACGAGCGGAUUGGCGUUGUCGGGCGCACCGGCGCAGGCAAGUCAUCCCUGACCUUGGCCCUGUUCCGCUUCCUGGAGGCCAGGUCCGGCAGCAUCCACAUCGACGGGCUCGACAUCUCCAAGAUCAAGCUCCACGAUCUCCGGUCGCGCCUGGCCAUCAUCCCGCAGGACCCCGUCCUCUUCUCCGGCACCAUCCGCUCCAACCUCGACCCGUUCAACCACCACACCGACGCCGAACUGCGCGACUGCCUCGAGCGUGUGCACCUCGUCGACUCCUCCUCUUCCUCACCAUCCUCAGGCACCGCCACCCCCUCGGGCUCCGUCACCCCGAAGAACACAAACCCCUUCACCAACCUCUCCUCUCCGGUCUCGGAGGGCGGCCUCAACCUCUCCCAGGGCCAGCGCCAGCUCCUCUGCCUGGCGCGCGCCAUCGUCUCGCGCCCCAAGGUGAUGGUGCUCGACGAGGCGACCUCGGCGGUGGACAUGCACACGGACGCGCUGAUCCAGCGCAGCAUCCGCGAGGAGUUCACCGACGCCACGCUGCUCGUGAUCGCGCACCGCCUGAGCACCAUCGCCGACUUCGACCGCGUGCUCGUGCUGAGCGACGGUCGCGUGGCCGAGUUUGGCACCCCGAGGGAGCUGUGGGAGAAGAAAGGAGAAGACGGGGAAGGAGGGGAGGGCAGGGGCAUAUUUAGGGGUAUGUGUGAGGAGAGCGGGGAGAGGGAGAAGUUGAGGGGGAUUAUCUUUGGGGAAAAGGGGAAACAGUGAAAGUUAGGUUAGUAAGGUGUUUAAAGUAAACCCGGAUUUUAGAAAUAUUAGGUGUGUUUGGGAAGGGAAAAGUUCGCGAUAGAUUUCAUUUAUUUGUUUGUCCUGCCUGGGUUCUGAGCGUAUGUACCUU